UAGUUAAUGUCGAUUAUCUUGCUAUGAAAUAUAUUAUCUUGCUAUGAAAUAUAUGUCAAAAUGUUGAAGAUGGCAUUUUCAAGUUUUCUUUUGAAAAAUGUGAAUAGAACAAUAGGAUUAUCAAGACAACAAGUUUUACUUUACAGCACAUCUAUAGAUGUUGCAGAUGAGCUUCAUUUGGAUUUUUUAGAUAAUCAACAUAAAGGUGUUGCUGUAAUAUCAAUUAAUAGGCCAGAAUCAAAAAACUCUUUAGGAAAAAAUCUAUUGAAACUUUUUGACAAUGCCAUCAAUGUUGUAUCAAAUAACAGCAGUUUGCGUGCAAUAAUUCUAAGAAGUAUUGUUCCUGGUGUUUUUUGUGCUGGUGCAGACUUGAAAGAAAGACAAGCAAUGAGUGAAGCAGAGGUUCCAAAGUUUGUCUCAAAAGCUCGCAUGCUAUUUCAACGCUUUAGUGAAAUUCCUGUGCCAACUAUUGUAUCUAUUGAAGGUGCUGCCUUAGGAGGAGGUCUGGAGCUUGCAUUAGCUUGUGAUUUGCGUGUUGCUUCCUCCACUGCCAAAUUAGGUUUACCAGAAACAAAGCUUGCAAUUAUUCCUGGAGCAGGUGGAACUGUGCGUUUACCACGAAUAAUUGGAACACCUCUAGCUAAAGAAUUAAUAUUUACUGGACGUGUUCUAAAGGCUCUUGAUGCUGAAAAAAUUGGUUUAAUAAACUAUGCUGUUGAACAAAAUCACUAUGGUAAUGCUGCAUAUUUAAAAGCACUUGAAUUAGCUGAAGAAAUUUUGACAAGUGGGCCUGUGGCAUUGCGUUGUGCUAAAAUGUCUCUCAACAGAAGUACAGAGGUUGAUAUUUAUUCAGGCUUGGCAUUUGAAGAGUUCUGCUAUGCUCAGGUUGUUCCUACAAAAGAUAGAGUUGAAGGGCUAACUGCUUUUAAAGAAAAGAGAAAACCAAUCUACCGAGGCGAAUGAUUUUAGUUUCAAUAUGAAUAAUAAAAUUUUUAUUCAUUUUUAAUUUAGCAAUAAAAAGUAGUAAAAAAACA